AUCACUCUGUAAGGAAACUCCCCAAAGAGAUAGCCCAAUCUGCAAAUCACUCUCCAGCUUUCUGAGCUCAGAGAGAAAGUGAGAGAGCGCAGGCUAGAGAUAGAGAUGAUUGAGUCGGUCAUGGCCGUCCGUCUCUCCACCGGAUUCUCUUCAACGGCGUUACUCCAGUAUCGUCCUUCAUCGAGCACGGACGAGGGAGUGAGCUGCUUCCAUUAUGCGUCCCGUCGCGUUUUUCAGCCUCAACGUCUCAACAAUACUGCUCGGAGUGGAUUUCUGAAGUACAGUAGUGACUAUUUAACAAGAAAGUACCCGAGGCGAAAUCGAACUCAAGCCACGGCCGAGUAUUUAGAUUCAGCUUCAGAUUCAGAAAAGCAAACUGGGAAGUCAAGGUAUCAUCCUUCAGAAGAAAUUAGAGCCACUUUGCCACAGAAUGCUGGAGAUUCAAGACUUUCACCUGCAGAAACUACGAGAACCAUCAUUGAGGUGAACAAUAAAGGAACCCUGAUGCUUACUGGUUCAAUUGGUGAUGGAGUUCAUGAGAAUAUUCUCUGGCCUGAUAUACCUUAUAUAACAGAUCAGAAUGGAAAUUUAUACUUUCAAGUAAAGGAGGAUGAGGACAUCAUGCAGUCUGUUACAUCUGAAAAUAAUUAUGUGCAAGUAAUAGUAGGUUUUGAUACGAUGGAGAUGAUCAAGGAAAUGGAGAUGAUGGGUCUAUCUGAUAGUGACUAUGAAACUGAAGACGAUGAAAGUGAAGGAGAAGAGGACAGUGAGGAGGAUGGAGAUGAAGGAGAAGACGACGAUGAGGAGGGAUGGGUUGCUGUUCUCGAGGAUGAAGAUGAAGACGAAGAUGAUGAUGAGGAUGACGAUGAUGAUGAUGAUGACGAGGAUGACGAUGAAUCGCUUGGUGACUGGGCAAAUUUGGAAACGAUGAGGAGUUGUCAUCCCAUGUUUUUUGCAAAGAGAAUGACUGAGGUUGCUUCUAAUGAUCCUAUAGAUUGGAUGGAUCAGCCAUCUGCUGGCCUUGCCAUCCAGGGACUUUUGAGUCAUAUCUUAGUCGAAGAUUAUUCGGAUAUCCAAAAGAAACUUGCUGAUAGAAAAUCUACAUUUACUAACGGAAAUAAGGAUGCAGAAAACUUACAAGAAAAGAUUGAAGACAUUAAUAAAGAAGAUGGUGGCGAAUCUGAGAAAAAGAGAAAUGUGGUGGCGUUUUACAAGCUGGAGAUGAUAAGAAUUCAGCUUAUUACAGCACAAGGGGAUCAGACUGACGUUGAAGUGGAAGAUGUCAGAAAAGCACAACCGGAUGCUAUCGCUCAUGCAUCAGCUGGAAUCAUAAGCCGUUUAGAAGAAUCUGGUGAUAAACUAGCUGAAGCCCUUAAAUCUUUGUGUUGGAGACAUUACGGUAUUCAAGCAGAGGAAGUGAAGCUGAUUGGGAUAGAUUCCCUUGGUUUUGACUUCAGGCUUUGUGCAGGAGCAAAAAUUGAGUCAUUGCGGUUUGCAUUCUUGACAAGGGCAACAUCAGAAGACGACGCAGAGGGACAAAUGAGAACACUAUUAUUCCCGACAACAAAUCCACAGAAACCGACGAAACAAACAAGUCAGAAGGAGUCUUAAUGUUGUAGUAAUAUUCAAUUAAGAUGCGCAGAGAAAAGGAACCAAAGUGCAAAGAGCCAAUGCAUAUGUCUAUGCAACAAACAUGAACAAUUUCUUGGAGAUCCAAUCCCAAGAGUAAGAUCUUUGGCUUCAAGCAAUUUUUAUCAAUUGAAUUUUGAACGCUGUAACUUUUUGUUUAAGUGGUUUCAAGUUUGUGGGUUACUCUGCACAAAUUGAGCAUUGAAGUUUCAACCCA